GUCAGUUCUAACAUCCGCUGACGGUAUCCAAAGAUCGGCCUACAUGGAGUCUUCCAUGCGCAUCGUCGAUGUCUCUCCGGACUGAGUGCCUUUCGCCUAUACAGCAUCAAGACAUUUUGAUCGGGGAAAUUGGCAUCUUUACCCGGCAAAGACGAGAUAGAAUUGGAUACACAAAAUACGUCAACCUCCCAACAUGGAGGGUAAAAUGGACUGCAUUGCCAACGCCAUAUAUCUAAUCAAUUGAACGCCUGUGUGCCAUCUCGGCUCCGCUUCGAGCCUCCAACCUUGCGCCUGCAACACCUUGAAUGCAUAUCCCAGUCCCGAUGCCCUAUGCACUGGCCUUGGGGAGUAACGUGAAUGUAUGCCCGAUGCUCCAUGGCAAUGCAACACCCGAGGAGCAAGCUACCGCCAAUACAUCCGCUCUUGCACUUCAUCUCCACUCUCCCCAUCCCUAGGAGUUUCUUCUCGGCGUUCGCCGAAUUCAAGCUUUAGUGACGGUGUGAGUAGCAUUUCUCCCCGGGUCACCGACUCGGAACUCCGCAAAAAGGACCUCGUCUCUGCCAUUCCUGGUUGUCCCAUCCUUCUCUCCUUGCUUUCCGACUUGCCAGGAACGGUGGCACAAACGGUAGUGAGGCGGCGGCGGUUAUGUAUAACCCUGCAAGGCCGACCUGAACCCUCCAGAAGCGAUUGUGUGGUGGCUCAGUGGUAUAUGCUCUGCGCAGGAUUGGGUUGAAGGUUCGAGGAAGUACUGAGGGGAGCGACAUGAUGAAAUGUGAGGAGGUGAGGGUAAGAGACGGUGGUUUUGCAGGUGGUUUUGCAAGUGGUUCUGCAAGUGGCUCUGGUGAAAAGGGAGGGAAAGCUCUUGAUAUGUGGUAGCGUGGAGUGGCAAUACCCAGCUGGUUUCCAAGAGCUAGCUGGUGCAGGUGCCUGGAAUAUAAAAGAUGAAGGCCUGGAAGUGACACUCUAAUAGAGGGAUAGAUUGAGAGAGCGUUGAAGAAUAAAGAAAGAGGAAAGGGAAGCAGGAAGAUUCAUAGUAAUUAGUACAGGACAUUGCGGGGCAGUGCAUCUAAUCUUUCUCUUGUUUACCUUAUCAUGGGUUUACGGUUCACAGUUACAGUCACCUCAUUCACACGAGGCUCUCAGUCAUGUU